AUGGUGCCCGGUAUGCAGAGAGUAUGCUACUGGAUCAGAACGUACAUCGACGGAUAUAUGAAGAAGCGACCAGAGACGCUAAAAUUGUUUUUGGAAGACAUCCAGUGGGCAUUGAGGCAAGGUGAUGAAGGUUGCCAGAAGAGUGACAAAGAUUUGGGAGACAAUGAGGAAAAAGGCAGAGAGAGCCACCAAGAUUUGGGAGACGGUGAGGCAGAAGGCAGAGAGCGCGACCAGGAUUUGGAAGACGGUGAGGAAGGACGCAGAGAGAGCCACCAAGAUUUGGGAGACGGUGAGGCAGAAGGCAGAGAGCGCGACCAGGAUUUGGAAGACAGUGAGGAAGGAGGCAGAGAGAGCGACCAAGAUUUGGGAGACGGUGAGGCAGGAGGCAGAGAAAGGGACACAGAUUUGGGAGACGUUGAAGAAGGAGGCAGAGAGAGCCACCAAGAUUUGGGAGACGGUGAGGCAGGAGGCAGAGAGAGGGACACAGAUUUGGGAGACGGUGAGGCAGGAGGCAGAGAGAGGGACCAAGAUUUGGGAGACGAAGGAGGCAGAGAGAGCCACCAAGAUUUGGGAGAUGAUGAGGCAGGAGGCAGAGAGAGCGACCAGGAUUUGGAAGACGGUGAGGCAGGAGGCAGAGAGAGCGACCAGGAUUUGGAAGACGGUGAGGAAGGAGGCAGAGAGCGCCACCAAGAUUUGAGAGAUGGUGAAGUAGGAGGCAGAGAGAGCCACCAAGAUUUGGGAGACGAUGAGGCAGGAGGCAGAGAGAGCGACCAGGAUUUGGAAGACGGUGAGGAAGGAGGCAGAGAGAGCCACCAAGAUUUGGAAGACGGUGAGGAAGGAGGCAGAGAGAGGGACACAGAUUUGGAAGACGUUGAAGAAGGAGGCAGAGAGAGCGACCAGGAUUUGGAAGACGGUGAGGAAGGAGGCAGAGAGAGCCACCAAGAUUUGGAAGACGGUGAGGAAGGAGGCAGAGAGAGGGACACAGAUUUGGAAGACGUUGAAGAAGGAGGCAGAGAGAGCGACCAGGAUUUGGAAGACAGUGAGGAAGGAGGCAGAGAGAGCCACCAAGAUUUGGAAGACGGUGAGGAAGGAGGCAGAGAGAGGGACACAGAUUUGGAAGACGUUGAAGAAGGAGGCAGAGAGAGCGACCAAGAUUUGGAAGACGGUGAGGAAGGAGGCAGAGAGAGGGACACAGAUUUGGAAGACGUUGAAGAAGGAGGCAGAGAGAGCGACCAAGAUUUGGAAGACGGUGAGGAAGGAGGCAGAGAGAGGGACACAGAUUUGGAAGACGUUGAAGAAGGAGGCAGAGAGAGCGACCAGGAUUUGGAAGACGGUGAGGAAGGAGGCAGAGAGAGCCACGAAGAUUUGGAAGACGGUGAGGAAGGAGGCAGAGAGAGGGACACAGAUUUGGGAGACUUUGAAGAAGGAGGCAGAGAGAGCGACCAGGAUUUGGAAGACGGUGAGGUAAGAGGCAGAGAGAGCCACCAAGAUCUGGAAGACAGUGAGGAAGGUCCAAACAGGAAAAAAGCAAAAAUUGUCAUCGUCAGUACAGAUGAAGAAAACAUUGGUCCAAAACGAAAGAAAGCGAAAAUGAUCUCUAUAUCGGAUGAAGAUGUUGUGGUUGGAAGUGUUGAUUCAGAUGACUCGCAAGUAUCAGAAAUCUUCCCUCAGCUAAAUAUUAAUCUUCCAGAUAAAAUUAUGUCAGCUGUGGUGUAUGACUCUGAAUCUGAGGAAGGAGGGAAGAUGUCAUCUGUGGAAUAUGAUGCUGAACCUGAGGAUUGUGCUAUUGCAAGGGAUGUGAAAAACCAAGAUAUUUAUGUUAGUCUUGUGCAGAAAAGUCAGACGACCCGAAAAGGCAAGAGGAAAAAGAAUAGAAGAGUGUACAAUGCAAAACACCCCUGCCCGUUUUGUCCAAAAAUAGUUGCCAACUUUUCGCACCAUAUCACAACAGUGCAGCAAAAACAGGAACAUUCAGUAAAAGAAAUAUUGGAAACUUCUGAUGCCAAGACCAAACAAAUAAAAAUUGCAUUGCUUCGAUUGAAAGGUGCACAUGAACAUAACAUGCGUUCUUUGAAGGAAAAGAAAGGAGAGAUAUUUCUUCGUAGGAGAUCAAACGUUGAUGAUUCAGAUUCAAAAGGCUCUGAAGACGAAGGGGAAAAUAGCAUAGAUAUUGAGAAAUAUGGACCCUGUCCAAAAUGUUUUGGUUGGAUUACACUUCACUCCAUCAAGCGACACAUGAAGAUGUGCAUCUUGUCAGACGAUUCAUUUCUAUCGACAGCAUCAAAAGGAACCUUGACAGUUCAGUCUCGAUUGCUGUCUGGAAGACUUCCUGAAGAAGCUUCCCGAGCUCUUAUCAAAGAAGUGUUCCCAAUAAUGCUUGAAGACAAUGUAUGCAAGGUUUCAAAGGAGGACAGUUUGAUUGUGUCAUUAGGGAAUCAGUGGAUGCUGAGAAACAAGGGGAAUGCUAUAAUGAGGAAAUAUUAUACAAGUUCCGUGAUGAGACUGGCUGCAAAAUUGAAACUAGCUCUGCAACAUUUGGACAACAGCACGAAGGAUUUGGAUGAAUACUUCCAACCAAGUAACUUUGAUGUUGUGGUAAAAGGGGCACUGAGAUGUUGCUUUCCAGCAGAUGCUGAUGAAGAAGAGUUAAAAUCGCCAAGCAAUGCUAUCAAGCUAGGUCACGAUAUCAAGCGAUUGGUAUCGGCCAAAUUGGCCAAGGCAUUGAUGGCUGGCAAUGCUUGCAAAAAGAAGGAGGCAGAAGAAUUUCUUAAAUUGAUGGAAAUUGAAUGGGGACUACGUGUAACUAAACUUGCCAGGAUCAUCUUGAACGAACGGGCCUUCAACCGAGACAGGAAUCUACCCAUUCCAGAUGAUGUCAGGAAACUUGCAGAAUAUAUGCAACAUGAAAUCCUCAAUCUGGACCUGAAAACCUGUUCCUUGUCCAACUACAGGAAAGUGGCAGUAGCAACAUUGGCAAGAGUGACCCUCUUCAACAGAAGGCGUUGCCAUGAGGUUCAAGCAAUGAAAAUUUCUUCUUAUGAAAAAAGGAAAACUGGGGAAAAUGAAUUGUCACAAGAACUGCGAGGAGAUCUCGCAGCAUUUGAGAAGAACCUUUUAAACCGACAAGAUAUGGUCACUAUUCGUGGAAAGACAGGAAAGGGUGUUCCAGUUAUUCUACCACAAGACACAAAGAAGGCAUUACAGUUCUUAACAGAUCCAGAGAAUCGUACGAAAGUUGGUGUGCCAUCAGGCAAUCCUUAUGUGUUUGGAAGUAAUGGAGCGGGUGUUUACAGAGCUUACGAUGCAAUACGAACAAUUGCAUCAGGUGCAGACCUUCAAUACCCAAAUCUCAUACGUACAUCAAACAUGAGGAAGUACAUGGCAACUAUGUUACAGGCCUUAAACACAAGUGAAGCAGAAAGGCAAUGGGUUCUUGAUCACCUUGGUCAUACUAUGGAUGUUCAUAAAAUCCAUUAUCGUAUGACGUCUGAUGUGUUGGAACGUGUUGAUGUUGCGAAGAUUCUAUUGAUUCGGGAUAUGGGAUUAGUUGGACAAUACAGAGGGAAAAAGCUGGAUGAUAUACAGUUAGAUGAUCUGAUCUCUCUGGAUGAGGCUCCCUCCCCAGAUGUUGAAGAAGCAGGCCCGAGAAAUACAGAAAUCUCUAAUAUUCUGGCAGAGACAACAGAUAGCGAUGAGUAUGUGCCAGAAGUAUUCCAAUCUGAUGAGGAGGACGAUGAUGAUGAUUGUGGUGCGGAGUUUUCGGAAAGAAAACGGAAAACUAGGAAGCCUUCUGUCCUGCGUCAAAAAUGGUCACCAGAAGAAGAAAAGGAGUUGGAAACACUUUUCAAAACAGACUUUGAAAGAGACAAAUGUCCAUCACAAAAACGUGUUGAAACUGUGAUUAAGAUAAGCAAAUCAAGCAAUGGAGUAAUCUACAAAAGAAACCGUGACACGAUAAAAAAGAAAGUUAGUAACAUGAUGGUCAAAAAGCGAAGAAGUAACCCCUAGCAUGAAAGACCUGAUAGGUCCGAUCUGAUGAAAGACAAUAUAUUGGUAUUCUGGUAGUUAUUAAGUCUUCUGACCCAAAGGGUUUUGCCAUCGUGCUUCGUCUGUAAAUAUUUCCUUUGAUAAUGUUCUUCUCAAUAACCAAAAGGCCCAGGAUGCUGAGAUUUGGCCAGUAGGUACCAGGACCUUGACCUACUUGCAAGGUCACACGGUUCAAAUAUGUUGAAAUCUUUAAGAAACUUUUUCUCAAUAAUGGAAAGGUCCAGGGUAUUGAUAUUUGGCCUGUAGCAUGUUUGUUCAAAUGAAUGACCUUGACCUACUUUCAAGGCAGCAGGAGUCAAAUAUGUUAGUAUCAUAACCAACUAAAAUUAUAUAGUAGUAUAUACAUUGCAUAGUCAAAUGGGUUUUAAGGCCAGUUAAGCCUCUUGUUUGAGAUCCAGUCAGAUCAAGAUGAAUUUUACAUAGAAUUCCAAUUGUAAACUUUUUUUGUUGAAAGGUUUUGAAUGUAGUGUUCUGAUUUAAGAAGCGUUCUGAUUUUGAUAUGUGCAAAUUACUUGCAUUUUCUGUUAAACUUGUGAUGAAUAUCGGUAAAUUGUUUUAAGAGAUCCAGUCAGAUCAGAUGAAUAAUGCACAGAAUUGCCAAAGUAAACUUUUUUGUAAGAAUUGAAAGUAGUAUUCUGAUUUAUAAAUCUUGCUCUGUUAAACAGUAGUUCUAGGUUGAGCGUGAGUGUACGCCCGAGUAUAGCCUGUGUACCUGCAGUAAAUCCA